CAAAUAGUUAGUUCUGUACCAAAUACUUGUUUUAUUUAUCAUAAUUAUCAAUAAUAUUAUGGUUCUGUUUUAAUUUUGUUUUAUUUUUUUAACUUUUAAAUUAUUGUUUGCCAACAUUAAUAUCAUUACAAUAUAUAUUCAUGGUAAGUACUCUCAAUGUUAGUCAUUGUUAAUAUCGUAACCUAUUCAUUAGAAAUAUAAAAAAUGAUAUACUUAAAAACUUUUAUAUGGCUAAUUUUAUUUCGAGUCAUAUCAAUAAACGGACAACAAGUAACGACCUUAAACGGAGUUAUACAGGGUCGAAUAGAAUAUUCUAGACGCGGCAUUUCAUUUAACGCAUUUUUACAAAUUCCGUAUGGAAAAGCUGGCAGAUUUGAGUCUCCUCAACCUGCCGAUCCAUGGGAAGGUGUCCUAAAUGCAACGUCUAAUAAUUUAGUUUGCAUAUCGCAAGUUCCUGCUCAGGCACCGUUUAUUGAGAGUGAACAAUGUUUGGUUCUUAAUGUGUAUACUCCCAAGUUACCUUCAGAAAAAAAUGUAUCGCUUCCAGUUUUAUACUUCAUGCACGGAGGAGGAUUUAUAUUAGGUACUGGAGCCUUCGACUUUCUUGGGCCCCAUUACUUUAUGGAAUACGAAGUCAUAAUGGUAACCAUCAACUAUAGGCUUGGUCUAUUCGGAUUUCUGUCUACCGAGGAUAAAAUUAUAUCUGGUAACUUUGGCUUUAAAGACCAACAACUCGGUCUAAAGUGGGUCCAAGACAAUAUUAAAUAUUUUGGAGGUGAUCCAACCAAAGUUACGAUUUUCGGCGAAAGCGCAGGCGCAGCAUCGGUAUCGUACCAGUAUCUGAAUAAAAACUCGGAAGGUCUUUUUAGAGCCGGCAUAGCUCUGAGUGGUUCAGCUCUAAGCCCCUGGGGUUACCAAAGAAACGCUAGAAAAUACGCAUACCAAAUGGCAUCGUACCUAAAUUCCAGUUUCAAUGAAAACUCUACCACGACACAAAUUCGUGAGCUUUUCUUGAGCGUCACCCCUCAAAAACUUAGAGACGCCAGCUGGAGAAUUCCAACACCAGUAGAUCAGUUGAUGGAGGGAUUCUUGUUCUCAGCAGUAAUUGAGAUGGACCAUGAUGAAGCUUUUUUGAGUAAAAGCAUGUACCACGCCAUUGAACAAGGACAUGCUUUGAGAUAUCCAUUGAUGAUUGGAAUUGCGUCGGAAGAAUAUAUUUUGAAUGUUUACGAUUUGGAUAUUUUUAAAAAACAACUUGCUGGCUACGAUGACAAUGUUACAAUGUUUGUUAACGACAACAUGCAUUUGACAGAUCAAGCUACUCGCGAAGCUGCUGGAAAUGCAAUUAGGGCUGUUUACACAGACGGUUUGCUGCAGGAUAACCUAGGAAGAGGAGUUAAGUACUUUAGCGACAACAGUUUUGGGCGAGGGAUACUCCAGCAUGCGAAAUUACAGUCAAACUACAGCGACGUCUACUUUUACCAAUUUUCCUAUUACGGUACUAAACCUGGAGUUCGUCCAGAUAUCCCAGGUGCUGAUAGAGUUGGCCAUGUAGAUGACGCUGCCUACAUGUGGGUGACCAAAAACGAUUCAAAUUUGAAUGAUUUUCCAGAAAGUGACAUAGUAACGAGCGAAAGAUUUCUGACCUUGAUCGUUAAUUUUGCAACAAGUUUAAAUCCAACUUCUUGUAACACUGAACUGUUAGGAAUCAAGAAAUGGCCGACAGUAAAACCUGACAACUUUUUGUAUUUAAACAUUAACGAUACUUUAGAGGUGCUAAAGGAUCUGAAAAAGGAUAUACAUCCAGAACUAGUGGCUAUCUACGAGAAAUACGCUAUUAAACCUUAUGAAACAUUCUAAAAUCUGAUCUACGUAGAAAUAUAAAUUAAAUAAAUAAUAAACAAAUAUACCAACCAAAGUGAAUAUGUAGACAUAUAUUGAACUUAUAGUCUACAAACUCAUAAAUACAUGCAAAUUUAUUAAAAUUAAAGGUAAUAAAGAAAAGUUUUACAAUAACUUUAAAUAAAUUAAGGACAAUUAAUUGGUGCAUAAUUAUAAAUUUGGUAUUGACAACGGAACAAGAAAAGUGUCUAAUUCCAUUUUAAAAUUUUUUAUAGAAUAAUUAAAAAACGCUUUUGUAAGGCACUGUUUUAAAAAUAUGUUUGGUUUCGAUUGUUUAUAUUACCAUGAUACGCUCUAAGUGAUGUUGCCGCUAUAUUAACUUUGAAUAUUGCUAUGUUGGCAAAAUUAGGUAUUGGAAUUGGAAUGAAUAUAGUUAGUCAAUAUUGGUAAUUGAUAGAAUUAGCAACUCGGCGUUGCUCUGUAUUUUAUUUAUUAAAACUCGUUGUUUUUGACAUUAAACAUUUGUUUUCUUGAAUAUUUUUUCACUUUUUCUUAAAAUUAGGUCUGAAUGUUUUGCAUGGUG